GUGCUUCUACUUUGCCGACGGUGCCUGCGGCACCCAAGUGGAAGCCUCGGCCUCGACCAUGCUUUCCACUGGUGGACAGGUCUUCUCCAGCGGCUACGGCACUUGGGACGAGGCUGGCAGUUCAGCUUUGAGUGACCCUGUGGUGGACAACCUCCUUCAGGCGGCAGACGCUUUUGCUUCCUCAGCCGAAUAUGCAUUUCCUCCAGAACCACCCAAAGUACAGCCUGGCAAAUUUGCUUUGCCAGCCCGGCCCGCAACCUCGACAGCACGGGUUACUUUGCAGAACGAUGUGCAUGCAAAGCUCCGCGCCAAGGGACUUCUUUUGUGGCGCCAGCUGGUUUUGCUCCUUGCACCUUUGAGCUCUGCUUUGCAGGAAAUCUUGGAGUCGGCAUCCUCAGAAGCUUUACUAGCUCAGCUUGUGGCGUCCGUGGCGGAUACCACAUUGGUCAGGUAUGUGCAGAGUUGCUUGCAGUACUUUGCUUUGCUUCAGGAUCUGGGCUUUGAUGCAUCUCGGAUCUCCCAGGUGCAAGCCUAUGAUGUUAUGAUACAGCUUUACCGGUCCCCUGAGGAUGAAGAAGAAGUUCCCACGUCAUGCUUUCCCCUCAAUACGUUGAAGGCUCUGAGGUGGAUGGUCAAGGUGGCCACCAUUUCCUUUCCGGAUCUUUACACAGGCCUUUUUCAUUCGGUGGCUCACCAACGUAACGAAGCAGAUCGCCGAGAGUCAGUGCCUUUGCCUCUGGAUUUUGUUGCUUACCUGGAGUUUUGCCUGCUUUCAAAUACCUUUCCUGAUCUGCAAUUGAACAUCGGGGCGCUCCUGGUUAUGAUUUGGGGCUCUCUGCGGUUCAGCGAUGCCAUGCAUGUGAAGUGGGGAUCUGUACUUUACGAACAAGAGGUGGGCCGUGGAAUUUCUUUCCGGACCAAGACCUCAGUGCGUGGUGCUCCCUUUGGGGUGGUAGGAGUGGGCCUUCUCGGUCCAUGGUUCCAGCUAUGGCUUGCUUUACUGAAAAAUGAAUGGUGUCGUAUUGGUAAGGUGGCGGGCCCUGUGGAGCCAGAUGCCUUACUUUUCCAUGCGAGCGACGACGAGUUGUUCGUUCCCAUGACAUAUGGGGAGGGCCUUGCUACUUUACGUCACCUUUUAUCGCGUUGGAACAAGCUUUCAGGUGCUCAGGUGCAAAAUUAUACUUUGCAUAGCUGCAAAACCACGCUGUUAUCAUGGGCAAAUCAACUUUGCAUCAGCGAAGAUCGGCGCGCUGUGCAAGGUCACCACAGGCAUAGCAGCGCACGCCUCUACAGCAGAGAUGAUGUUUUCGGUGCGUUAACUUUACAGAAAGAGCUUUUACUUUCCAUUCGACAAGGUUGGCGACCUUUGUGUCCUCAGCAUCGUGGAGGACAAGUUCCUUUACAGGAACCGGCACUGGAAUCUCGGUCUGUCAGCUUUGCCGAUCCCUGCUUUGCGAUCCCAGGGGGUCCACCGGCUUUUGAGCAGAACACUCAGCUUUGCCCUACCAUCGAAGUGGAAGCAGAUCUGGCAGGUGCUACUUUUCCUUUGGCAUCGGACCCUGGUGAUGUUGUGGCCCCAGAGAAGGCAACCGCACUUCCUUUGCACUCGUCAGGUGAGUCAGGCACUCCGGAUGAGCUUCUUUUCAUCAUCACUGCCAAGACUAUUCAUAAGGCGGUGGUUUGCUCGGAGCUCGACCGUUGCACUACUUUCCAAGGAGUGCAUCUGAAACCUGCCUGCGGGUGUAUAGUCAGUGUCUUUCAAGUUGUGCAUUUUGCACCUACAGGUAAGAAGCUUUGCAGACACAAGGCAUGCUUGGAGCUUUGA